AUGCGGGAGGCUGUCACAGAUUGCCUCGUUAUUAAAGAUAAUCUGUGGCUUCAAAAAGAGAUGGGAUGUCUCGGAAUGCCAGCAAUGCCCGUAUCUCUGGUCAUUCAAGCAAACGAAGCCCCUCACCGGCUCUUGACUUCUGCAGCCUCAGACGAUCAGUGGAGCCAUUCGCUGUUUGCUUUGAUACCCUCAUGGACAAAGAAGAUUUUGUUCAAACGAGAGUCUUCUGUUAACCACCAGCUGCCUGAAGAUGUAUCAAAUACGUCAGUGUCUUCUGGAUUUGGAAUAAUCCUUCAGAAAUGUGGUGUGGUGGAUGUUGAACAUGACCCUCAAACUGCAUACAUUACACUUCUGAUUAAUAACACCAACACGCUGCUCUCAACAAACAUUACAGAUCUUAUCCUCCUGGACAACAUCACUGGUCUACGUGUUCAAAAAAACAGUGGUAAUAAGAGCACAGAUGGCAUACAGAUUUACAGGAAAAGAUUCUUGCAAGGUGGAGAACACUUUGCAAUCAACUACCCUGCACUUCUUGAUGCAAAAGAAAUGUGGGAUGGCAGGGUCUUGACAUUGCCUGUGAAGCUAACUUUCAGGACUUCAUCACAGAAUAAAACACAUCUCGUAUCAUUGACAGCAUCAUUCACCAUAACUGAAGAAGAAAAGACCAAGAUUUCAUACAGCCAUGCCAUCCAUGCUUCAGGGUUCUUCAUUGCUUUUUUUGUUUCCCUUGUAUUGACGUGUGCUGUUUUUUUCAUUGUUUACCGAACCCAAAUAUUAAAAUGGAAUUUCCGUAGUAAAAACCAGGAGAUACAGCAUGAGCUCAGUCAAAAUCACAAACUGGAGCAUUCUCAGUUUAAUUCAGGUGAUGUCUUCAGUGAAGAUAUAAUUAUGAAUGAUCAAAUCAUCGAUAUUCUGUCCUUUGAAGAAUCUGGCAACAUGCUUCAGGCUUUAGAAGACUUGGAGGUUGCCACCCUGACGCGGGCAGAUGCUGAUCUGGAGGCAUAUCGAAUGCAGGCAUGUAAAGAAGUGAUUGCUAUGAUGAUGAAGAACAUGGUCUUAAGUCACAGCCUCUUUCCUCACGUGGAGAAGAGGAUGAGUUCAGUUUUCAAAAAGCAGCUUCUUGCAAUGGAGAAAGAGAUUCAAGAGGAGUAUGAAAGGAAGAUGGUGGCGUUAACAGCUGAAUGUAAUCUGGAAACUAGGAAGAAAAUGGAGGCUCAGUGCCAAAAAGCGAGAGCUGCAAAUGAAGAGGCUGAGGAAUUAAUGAAGAAAAUGAAUGAAAAGCCUGCUGUAGAAUACAGAAGGCUCCUGGAUAGACUUCACAGAUUGGAGCAGGACCGCCUGAAGAGGUUCCUUCUGGUAAAGCAGGAGGAAUAUUUUGCAAAAGCUUAUAGACAGCUGGCUGUUACCCAGAGAAAGGAGCUCCAUAAUAUCUUUUUUACACAAAUAAUAAAUGCUACUUUCAAGGGAGAACUGAAGUUGGAAGCAGCUAAAACGUUAGUGGAAGAUUACUCUAAAAUACAGGGAGACAUUGAAGAGCUAAUGGAUUUUUUGCAAGCUAGCAAGAAAUAUCAUCUGAAUAGAAGAUUUGCUUACAGAAAAUAUCUUAUAAGUAAGAUACAGUUAACGGAUUCUCAAGCCUCUGCUCUUAUAAAUGCAGCAGCAACCCAGAUAUCAAGUCUCAUUAAUAAGAUGGAAAGAGCAGGUCAUCUACCUGAAAGUCAUUUGGGAGUGCUGCUGGACCGAGCGGAGGCUGAAAUUAAUUCUGUUAAACAGAAAUUCGAUCAUGAUUUAAAACAAGAAAAGCAAAAGCUUCGCCAGAAACUCAUUACCAAGCGAAGGCGGGAAAUGCUACAAAAGCAGAAAGAGCAUCGAAAGGAGCAGCUGUUACUUGGAGACCCCUUCAAAACUACUACGGAGGUCACUCACUAUCUGAGCCACUGGAAAAAUCUUCUGAAUGAUCACACCACUGAAUUUGAAGAACUUACUGAAAAGCUUGACAAUGAGGCCAGUGAAGAGCUGAAAGAGCUUCUAUUUAGUCUGACAGAGAAAACUGUUGAAGAGCUUAAACGUGUUCAGUAUGGAAUAUUUGUGCAAGAACUGGUAAAGCUCAGUGUGCCAAAGAUGUUCCUGCUGGAAGCUGUGGAGGAGCAUAAAAAAGAGAUGGUUGGAAAACAUGAACAACUUCAAAGGGAAGAGCGUGACAAGAGCACGGCAGCUGAAGAGCUGCUUCAGCUCACCAGGCAGAAGCUGAGCCAAGAACUGGAAACGAGCCUUUUGGAACAAAAAAAAUUAAGGAGCUGGGAACAAUCAGUAUUCAUGCAACUUCUAAGUGUACCCCUCUCACUAUCAAAAGAGGAAUUGCUUAGAAUGAGGCAAGAGCUGCACUGCUGUUUCUCUCAGGUGGACAGCAGCUUGGCUUGGCCCAAGAUAAGAGCAAGAACCUUGCUUCAGGCUUUCGAGGAAGAGCAGAGGGAUGCAGAACUGCUAAAAGUUGAUCAGAGUUUAGCCAUGACCAAUAAACAGCAACAUUCUAAAAUGAAAAAAACAGGAUCCAGGAAUAGAAAUAAGAUAGAUAUUCUGAAGAAAUCUUUACAGGACAAAAUUUUCAUUUAUGAAGACUCAGUGAAAGAUGAAAAUUUAAAUAAGAGCUGUGAUUUCAGAGCUGACAAGAGGCAGAAAGAAACUCAGGUGGCUAGGGAGUAUAUUGCUUCUUUAGCCUUCGAAAAGACUGUUAAAAAAUCCAAAAUGUUGGAGCUGUAUACUGCUAUCAUAAGUGUACAAGCUUUGCUCUUUGAACAACUGAGCACAUCAAAAACCCUGUCAAAAUUGGAAUGUAUUCAGAUUUUAGAAGCACACAAUCCUGAGAUUGAAGAACUUGACAGGAAGCUGGAGUAUGAGAUGUUGCAUAAGGAGUCAGCUCAGCAGCAGCAUCUAAUGAGUAGGCAGGGAUGGACUCCGGAUGGAUUGGGACUUUCAAGUGAAGCUGUGGAAGCAAAUGCAGACAGGCAGGUGACAGUUCUGCUAAGACAGGCCAUGAAUAAAUGCAGGCAGUUUAUAAAUCUGCACCAGCAAAGCUUGAGAGAUGAGCAAUGGAAUUGCGUGGUGCUUGAAGAUCUCCUGGAAAAUAUAGAAACAGAUGCAUUUUUGGCCCUUUAUAGUCAGGAGCUCCGACUGGCGGGUUAUUUAGCUAAACUGACGAGGGUACCAAUGGGGUUGUUGCACAGGAUCCUGAACUUGUUGCUGCCCUCCAGCUCACAAAGCGAGGUUCUUUCUGUCCUCGAUUCCAUCAGUAAAUACUCAGAUAGCGUUGCUGAAAGUGACAGUAAUGCAGAUGAGUCUGGCAGCUGUAAGAAAAGGAAGAACCAAGAGUUGUGGCAAGCACUGGAGAAAAAAAUAAGGCAAGAUCUGAUAAACAGAACUUUGGAAAAGAUCCCUUCUCCAAACAAGAGGAAAGACAGCUUGAUAAAGAAGAAGCAAGUUGCCCUCUUGGAAAAAGCAUCAUUCAUUCAUCUUGGAUGUUCGCCUACCCGUCCUCCUAUGGAACAGUCUGAUCCACCUAUUCCUUUGAACACUGCAACUGCCAAAGCCGUAGAGUUAUUAGACACAGGGGAGAAGGUAUUUUUGUUCCGUGAACUGAGUGAUCCAAUGCUUUCUUUGCAUAAUUCUCCAAGGAAAAAGAAAAAGAACUUUCUUAAUUCCAAAAAGGCUGCUCGUGCAAAUACGGACUCGUGA